GAUUGCGAAGACGAAAACUUCGAACGAAAUCUCCGAGUGACACAGAGCGUGACAGACGUCAGACGGUGACGCGGUGACAGAGCACGUGAUGUCGGGAGCAGGGUGAGCAUGCGGGCGGCGGUGGUGUUAGCGUGUGCGCUGCUGGCGAGCGCGGCGAGCGCGACGAGCGCGGCGGGCGCGACGGGCGCGCGCACCUCGCGGUACGGGUUCUACCGCACCAUGAUGACGGAGCAGCGCUGGGUCGACGAGGGCACAGCGCCGGCGCCGGCGGGCCAAUCGCGGCGCGUGUUUGGCGGCGAUGCAACGUCGCUGAGCACGUACCCGGCGGCGUGCGUGCUGCUGGACCGCUACUGGACGGCGCGCUGCUCAGCGGCCGUGGUGGCCUCGCGCUGGGCGCUGACGGCUGCACACUGCGUGUCGCCGCAUAUCGCCUACGUAAAGUACAACGCGCGUCGGCCCGCGUCGAAGGAAGGCUCGCUGUCGCCCGUGCACUACCUGUACCGGCACCCCGGCUACAAGGUGGUGCAGGAGGACGAGGGCCGCGGCGUCGACGUGACGCUUCUGCAUCACGACGUCGGUCUGGUACGCACGCGCAACGACAUGAAGCUGGCUACUAAUCCGAAGCUCGACCCCAUGCACGCCAUGCGUCUCUAUAACCCCUUGGACCUGAAGAACGAGGAAGUGCAGGUGCUGGGCUACGGGCGCACGGAGAAGUCGUUGCUGGGCGAGGAGCUGUUCGAGGUGCGGCUGCGGCUGGUGCUGUGCGAGCGCGGCGCCUGGUUCCACUGCGUGUGCGGGGUGGGCGUGGAGCGCUCGGGCGAGGGCGCGCGCGGCGUGUGCUCGGGCGACUCGGGCGGGCCCGUGCUGUAUCGCGGCGCGCAGGUGGGCGUCACUUCUAUGGGGCCGCUCGAAUGCGCUACAGGUCGCGCGGACCCGUCGGAGGGCGCCACUAGCGUUUUCACGGCGCUCUACAACUACGCGGACCUGGUCAACGCCACCAUCCACGAUACAGAGACGACGCUGCGCAUGCGCAAGAUCGACAGCAGCGCCCCUAGAGCUAGUUUCGCCACCGCGCCAUUUGUGCUGGGCACACUCACUUCUGUUCGUGUAAUAAAGCAUAUUUUGAGAUGAAUAUUACGCUUUUGAGUGUAUCCUGAGUUAGUCGCUGACGCCGUCCACGACGUGCUCUCUCACUGGGCUUCGUAACCUGGACA